AUGGAUCCAACAGACUUACAACCAGUGCUCGACCAGCUUGAUGACAAUGUUGAUGACCUGGAAGAGAUCCUGCAGCCUAUACUGGCAGGUGGACUCUUCAAAAGCUCCAACAAAUUACCCGUAAUGGACAAAGCAAAACUUUAUGUUAUGAUGACAUAUGCGCUGGAAUCACUAAUCUUCUCGUACCUGAGACUUCGUGGCGUGGAUGCCAAGCAGCACCAGGUGUUCACGGAACUCACUCGCGUGAAGGGAUACUUUGCUAAGAUCAAGAACCUCGAGACCGAGCCCGAAGAGCGCCCCAUGACAUUGGACAAGGGCGCCGCUGGUAGAUUCAUCAAACAUGGUCUUGCUGGCAACGAUAAGUACGACCUCGAACGAGCAGAAAAACAAGCCAAGGAGCGAGCUCGCGCUCAGCUGAAAGCUGCAAUGCUUGCUCGCAAAAGUGCCGAAGCUCCGUCUAGCGCUGUGACAUCCGAAGGACAGACAAACGCUUCCGAUGACGACUCGGACGGUGGGGUAGAGGUGAACCCGUCAGUCCCCGAGAAGAAAGAAAAGAAAGCCAAGAAGGAAAAGAGCAAGGAGCACAAGAGCAAGGAUAAGAAGGAGAGGAAGAAGGGCAACAAAUCCGCACUGCAAGAUGAGAAGAAGGAACGCCGGCAAAAGAAGAAGGAGAAACGAUUUGCCAGACAAGCUCAAUGA